AGGUGGCCGUGCCUGGUGGUUUUCGAGUGAAAAGACGUUCAGUUCGAAGGAGUACACAGACACGUGCCGCGGCUUUGAGGAAUCGUCAAAGCAAUUGAGCAAGCAUGCAAAGAGCAGGGUCCCUUUGACGGAAUCUUAGGUUUUAGCCAAGGGGCUGCAAUGACAGCCAUGAUUCUCAUUCUACAGAGCCUCAAAAGGAUAGAAUGCAGCUUCAAGUUUGGUGUCCUAGUGGCCGGUUUUCGGAGUCGCUCCAGUGCACACGACUACCUCUUCGCACAAGAAAGCGUGAUAGACUUGCCCACCCUGCAUGUUGUAGGUGAAACUGACAACAUUAUACCCAAAGCACAAGCAACAGAAAUACUUCCAUUCUUCUUGUCCCCAAGUGUCCUCUACCACCCGGGUGGCCACUUCCUACCGACAGGUAGCGAAUGCAAGGUGGAAUACAUUGCCUUCUUCAAGAAAAUAGCUUCUCCUCAUAAUGGUGCUACACUAUAAAACUGCUAGUCUUGCUAGUGUCUA